AUCAGGGAGAGGUCAGUAAAAAGUAAUCAGAGAGAAUCAAAUUGUAAGAGUCGAAGAAAUUAACCAGAGUUCCACAGAGUGGGGAAAAAUUGGAUAACAUUUAACUCUGUAAUCACUACAGUUAUUCAUUGCUCGUUGCCCGUUAGAAGGCUAACCUAUGAAGUUUUUCAACUUGUUACUCAAAGAACAGCUUGGCUAAGAACGUGGAUGGGAAAUGAAUUGCUUUUGUCAACCUCGUCUUCCAAGGAUCACUUUGUCAGUCAAUCAUCAACCCUACAGAGUGGCACAAAAGAAUGGAUGAGAAGCAUUUAAAAGCAAGCUUAAUGAAGUAUUUCGGAGAAACAACAGCAAAAGUAACCAAAGAAACAACCGAAGAUGAAAUCAAAAGUAUCUAUGCUGCACGGUCAGCAACAUAUGACGAGGAACAUUCAGCGGCGCGCACUUCAUAUUUCAAGCCACUGGCCGAAUCUUUGCAUAAAGCCCUUAAAGAAAUUUACCAGGACAAACCAAUGAAUCAGAUCAAAAUCAUUGACGCUGGAGCUGGGACAGGUCUGAUUGGAGUUGAGCUCAAGAAACUCGGAUACACCAACCUAUGUGCUUUGGACAUCUCAGCUGAGAUGUUAACGGAAGCAAAGAAGAAAGAGGUCUAUACUGAAUUCAUCUGCACGUCUUUGAACGGGCAGCCGAUACCUCAGAUUAAAUCUAGGCAAUUCGAUGCUUUGAUUUGUGGUGGGGCGCUCAUUACAGGACGUAUCGGCUCAUCUGCUUUCGUGGAGAUGAUAAGAAUGGUUCAAACUGAUGGCGUUCUCUGUUUCAACAUAAUGAAAGAGGAAUUAGAACACUAUCAAGAGAUGAUGACGGAGCUGGAAAAAGCUGGCGAAUGGACGUGCAUGUCCAAAGAGUCUUCACCGUUCUAUGCAGCCGAGGACUUGCCCAGUGAAUGCUGGGGGUUCGUUUAUAAAGUUUUAAAGAAUUAAGAAACAUGUACCAUUACAGUUAAGCCUACCUCAUUUAGGCCAUACUGGAUAAUCAUUGUUUUAGCUGACUUAAAACAUCAGUUAUAAUGCUGCUGUGAAGUUUUGAUGUUUAAAAAGCAAGUAUAUGAAAUAAA